AUGUAUACUCGAACGAUAUUAGUAGUUUUCAUAGCCAUAAUUUCCAUAACUAAUGCUAAAAAACAUGUUUGGGAGUUUUUAGAAAAAUAUCCUUUUUUUCCCACCAUAGACGAAGCUACCGGUGAAAUAGGAUUUUUCGAAAAACAGAAAAAUAUUAUAUUGAAGGUCCCUAGAUGCCAGACAGUUAGAUACGUGCUUGUUAUGGUUGACAACUCUGUCGCCAAACCGAAGGUGGACUAUGACAGUGACACAAAGAUAGUGUCCAUCAAAUACGGGCCAUUUCAGUACAGCAAAUCGACCUACCAAGUGCUCGCUACAGGAUCGGGCACACCUGGCUGCGACGCUCCUCUUCCUCCUGCUCCUAACCCAAACCCAUUUGAUAUAAUUGUCGGCCCUGUACCCCAGCCUUAUCCCGUGCCCUAUCCAUGUCCCAACAUAUUCCCGUGUCCCAACGUAUUCCCGAGUCCCAACGUAAUCCCGUUUCCCGACGUUUAUCCGAGUCCCAGCGUAAUCCCGGUUCCCGACGUUUACCCGAGUCCCAGCGUAAACCCGGUUCAUGGCGUUUACCCGAGUCCCAGCGUAAACCCGGUUCAUGGCGUUUACCCGAGUCCCAGCGUAAACCCGGUUCAUGGCGUUUACCCGAGUCCCAAAGUAUACCCGAGUCCUGACGUUUACCCGAGUCCCAGCGUAGUCCCGGUUCCCGACGUUUACCCUUCUGGACCUGUAAUUUCUCCAAAUCCCUUCGUAGCGCCAAGUCCUUUGGUGUCGCCAAGUUACUUCAUUCAAAAUUAA